AGCCGAAGCAAAAUUUUGAACAUCCAACAAUGGAUGAGGAAAGAGAAGGAGAGAUAGAGAAGAAGGAAGGAGUAGCAUCAAUAGCUGUAUUGCCAUGUGGUUCCAUCUCUGGCCAUUUCAUUCACACGCCUCUCUCCGUCUGCUAUGGCCUCCAUGGCACUGAACUGGCUUGUGAGACUGAGUGCAGCCGCGGUGAGGAUUAUCGGUUGAUCAAGCUCACCAUCAUUGACUUCAACAGUAAAAAGGAACAAACAGUUGUAGUUGAGUGCAAAGCUCACGAUGCUGCUCGAAUUAAUAAUGUCGAGCAUGCUCACGGCUGGGAGGAAGAUGUGAUAGGACUAGUCGAACAAAAACACAGGAAGAAGAAGUCUGUUUCUUUCGAGUGUGAGACACUGAAGGCAGAUAAAGCAGCAGAGGACCACAUCAGACAGUUCAUGCCCAAAUUAUCUGGACUUGAUGCUGUCAUUAACAUUGGACCAAUGAAGAUCUCUGGGCUUGACUUUGCUGUGGUUGAAGAGGAACACGCAAACUAAGACAGAACACAACUAGAUUUUGCUAGUGCAGUGUCAGUCAAGGAUCUAUUAGAACUUAUUUUAAGAGUGAAAGAAAACAAAAUCUUU